AUGGGCAGUGAAAUUAAUCUUGAGACUACAGAAACCAGUUGGACAGGCGGAUGGUUCAGCUGGACUCGUCAGUCUGAUGUCAUGCUACGAAAUGUUGAGAAGACAAUAUUGUCAUGUUUAAAAACAGCUUACAAACGUUUCUACGUAGACAUCGGCAGCGUGGUAGGACAAAGUGACAAGAUAUGGACAAUAUCUUUGAACGACGAGUCGCCGAAGACCCCGCUGGUGUUACUCCAUGGAAUGGGUGCGGGCCUGGCGCUGUGGUGUCCGAAUCUUGACGCCUUCGCUGCAACCAGACCUGUGUAUGCUAUCGAUUUGUUAGGUUUCGGACGUAGUUCGCGUCCAAAAUUUGCUUGUAAUGCUGAGAAGGCGGAGGCACAGUGGGUGGAAUCUGUAGAGGAAUGGCGGCGUGAAGUAAACCUGGGGCAAUUCAUCCUACUAGGGCACAGCCUUGGGGGUUAUAUCGCGACUGCUUAUGCUUUAAAAUACCCUGAUAGGGUCCGCCAUCUUAUUUUAGCCGACCCGUGGGGCUUUCCACAGAAACCAGCUAAUCCUUAUGAAAAUACAAACCUACCCCUGUGGGUUCGAGCUAUCGUCACUGCCGUCCAACCGCUGAACCCCUUGUGGGCUGUCCGUGCUGCCGGGCCCGCUGGCAAGUGGCUGGUUGGUAAGACCAGACCGGAUAUAUCGAGAAAAUUCCUAAACUAUGUGCCUGAUGCUGAGAAGAUUAUCCCAGAAUAUAUCUACCAAUGCAACUCCCAAACGCCUAGUGGCGAAAGUGCUUUCCACACACUAAUGUCAGGCUUCGGUUGGGCCAAAAACCCAAUGGUCGGUCGGAUCGACCAGCUGGAUCCUAAACUGCCAAUCACAGUGCUGUACGGCUCCAGAUCUUGGGUAGAUAACAGCACAGGCCAGGUGCUCACUGACCAGAGGACCACUGCAAAUACUUACGUUCAGGUAAUUAACGGAGCUGGCCAUCACGUAUACCUAGACAAACCAGAACAAUUUAAUAAAUACGUGCUCGAAGCGUGCGCUCGCAGCGACGACAAUGACAAUGGACGUGUCCCCGAUAAAGUAGCGCCACCCGCCGACGACGGCGCCACCAUUCACAAUGUCAACAACAUCACCACAACUGACAACAAUACCAACAACACCGAGCCUAAAACAACCUCCUGA